UUACAGCGCGUCAUUAAUACUUAUUUUAACAGCUUAACAAGUCCACAAACAUGAAGAAAAACAAUCCAAACAAGGAAAUACCCAGCUUUACAUCGGUUUGCGGUGCCCGGCGUCUCUGCGAAAAGUCCAAAAUGCUUUACACGCGUCCCAAGCCGGAUGUGCUGGAGAGCAUCCUGCAAUCCAAGGCGAAUUCGGAUUACAAAUCACGCCGCUUGUGGUAUGAGCUUAAUAUGCCCGAGUGCGCUAGUCGUCUCUUUGAUGGGCAAAUGCUUUCCGACUUGCCCGAGGAUCUGAUAUGCGCCAAGACCCGUGAACGCCGUAAGAGAGCUCGUAAGCUGGAGGAGAAGGAAGCCAAAGGCUCCUCCAACUAUAUGGCUAUGCGGCAAGAGCGUGAGAACUUCCGACGUAAGCUAGUGGAACUCAUACUACAUAUGGAUGAUGACCAGGACCAUGGUCCAUCGGGCAAUGCCGAAACACCGUUCCCCGAUCAAGGCGAACGUGAAACCCUACGCUAUUAUUAUUAUAUUAAACAUGGCAUAGAUACCAUACACGUAUCCACCAUUAACAAAAAGACACUCAAGCGUAUUACCAAUUUAGUGCCGGAAUUGUUGAAGAAGUGGGAAGUGGCGCUGGUGGAGAAUAUAGCAGAGGUGCGGGCGGAUUAUGUGUUUGCCAUGAAAAAAGCGGUGGUCGAUUUUGUCUUGCGCCACUCUGCAUUGGAUCGCCUAACAAAAGAAGGAGUUCCAGCUAAAUUUGAUACAGCCGAAAGAAGAGAAAUUAAACAUAUGAUGAAUCACUGGCGUUAUCGCUACGAUGAGAAUCGCAAUCGUUUGAAGAAAACGCUAUUUUGCAUACAUCGCAGCGUGGCAAGCAUAUUGGAGGUGUGGAGCAUGAAAUAUACGAAUAAGAUGCUGGUCAACAUAGACGAGCUGAGCAAAGUGGAACAGCCCUUUACUUUGUUUAGUUUUGUGUAUCUCUGCGGCAGUCACAUAGACUUGGGCAAGCAAAUGCUGGAGGAUGUUUGGUAUGGCGAGAUACAUACCACACUACUAAGAGCUAGUAAACGUGGACAAUUGCCAGACAUAAGGCGCAUGACAUUGGUUAAACGCUUCUUUAAUUGCGUAGCCGCACUGAUGACGCAACAGCUGGAGGAUAUAUGCAUAAGAAGUCUCAAAGGUUUUGCAAAUUACGUUUGCGAUUUUGGCCACUCCAAUCCUGGUCUGGAAAUCUCCAUAGUCUUGGCAGAUGAGGAUACUAUAACCUUUACGCCUGGCUUUUCCAAAAUACAAAGCGAACUCUUGAGAGUUAUAGACUCUAUAGUGGUGGCUAUACAUAAUAUGCCACGCAUUGAAGGCAAACUUUAUACGGAUUUAAAAAUCUCUAAGAAAUAUUAUCUAACACCUGCCAUACCAGAUAGCGUUAUAGCUGAAGCUAAGAAUAAAAUCUGCGCCAUGCUGGAGGAACAACGCAUUGGACCAGAGCUGAGAUUGCAGGACUUUGAUCAGUUUAUCGAUUUGAUAAAUGGCAGCGAUGCAGAGCGCGUCUCACGCUUUAUGGAAUCGGAUGCAACCUUUGAGCAAUACUGCGAUAUGGUAUAUGAAUAUAAGGAAAAGGAAGAUCGCAUAGCCAAGGAAGUUUGGGGUGUCAUACGCAUGGGUCUGUAUGAGUUUCAUCGCGAAAAGUUUAUUGAGCAUAUGGAGCAAUUGGCAAGAAGAUUGCAGCUGGAUUUGUUGGCGCGCAUGGUGACCGAUCAGCAGGCGCGUAUAUCCAGACUUGGCAAGGAAUAUGAUGCUAUAGCUAAGAAGGCGUUAACUGUGCCUAAAGACACGGCCGAGUUAAUGUCACUCAAGGCUUAUGUAGUGCAGGCGGAGGAGAAUAUGGCGCCCGAUAUGGAAGCGCGCUUGAAAGUUAAUAUGGGUGAAAUACUCUGGCUAAUGGAUCAUACGCUCUACUCACCGCUGGAAAUUAAAAACAAUAGUAAUUCAUUCCAAUGGUAUUUGCGCUUGCCUUCGGUCUUUGAACAACAUCGCGUUAUUAUAGCCGAGAAGGUUAUAGAGUAUCAGGAAUUGUUGAAGAAACGCAUUGAAAUGUUUAGACGCGAAUUGCAAAACUAUUACGAUCAGGUGCAGACCUAUGAUACCUGGGGUGACUUUAAGCAGUUAUCUAAAUAUAAAAAACGCGCUACUCUUUUGGAUCAGCGCUUGGUCAACGCUAUGGAAACUAUAGAUCAAAUUAAUGAAGAAGAAACUGCGUAUGGCUGGGAUCUCUCACAAUAUCCUGUGCGCAAGAAGGCGCAUGAUCAACUCAAGCCUUACAAGAAUCUAUUCGAUGCAGGUCAGGACUUUAUAGACAAGUGGGAGCUCUGGAUGCACUCACAAGUGGGCUCCUUUGAUCCUGAUCAAAUCGAUACGGAUGUGGCCAACUUUUAUCGCAUUAUACAAAAGCUGGAGAAGCAAAUGGGCGAUCAUCCGCAUACCAUGCAGCUUAUAUUGGAUGUCAAGGAGCAAAUUGAGCAAUUCCGUGAGCAUAUGCCUAUUAUUAAUACGCUGGGCAAUCCUGGCAUGAAGGCGCGCCAUUGGGAGCAAGUAUCGGAAAUUAUUGGCUUCCCAAUCAAGGUGUCGCCUGAGCUGACGCUGGAGAAGAUCAUUGAGUAUCAGCUGGACGAGUAUGUGCCCAAGUUUGAGGCCAUUUCGGAGAGUGCCACCAAGGAGAAUAAUCUUGAAAAGGCCAUGAUUAAAAUGGCCAAUGAAUGGGAGGGCGUUGAGUUUACCAUAUCGCCUUACAGGGAUUCGGGCACCUACAAGCUAUCCUCUGUGGAUGACAUACAAAUACUGCUGGACGAUCAAAUCAUCAAGACGCAGACAAUGAAGAGUUCACCCUACAUUAAACCGUUUGAGGCGGACAUACUCAAGUGGGAGGCAAAGCUUAUGCUGCUGCAGGAGAUACUGGACGAGUGGCUGCGUGUGCAGGCCACCUGGAUGUACUUGGAGCCCAUUUUCAGCAGUCCUGAUAUUCAGCAGCAAAUGCCCGAGGAGGGACGACGCUUCAGUGCGGUGGAUAAGAUAUGGAAAGAGCUGAUGAAGCAGGUGGCCUCAGAUCCGAGAGUUAUGACUGUUGUGCAAAUCGACAAGAUGAAUGACAAGCUGAAAAAGGCGUACAGCUUGUUGGAGAUUAUACAGAAGGGACUGAAUGCAUAUUUGGAAAAGAAACGUUUAUAUUUUCCACGUUUCUUCUUUCUGUCCAACGACGAGUUGCUGGAAAUAUUAUCCGAGACCAAAGAUCCUACACGUGUGCAGCCGCAUCUUAAGAAAUGUUUCGAGGGCAUUGCAACGCUCAAUUUCACAGAAGAAAUGGAGGUAACAGCAAUGCGCUCCUCAGAGCGUGAGGAGGUUGUGCUAGCGGAUGUUAUAUCGACAGCCAAAGCGCGUGGUCAAGUGGAGCGUUGGCUGCUGGAGCUGGAGAUUGAUAUGAAGAAAUCGCUGCAUCGCAAAAUAUCUGAAGCUUUCUAUAGUUAUGUCAAAAUGAAGCGUGACAUAUGGGUCUUGACCUGGCCAGGACAAUGUGUGCAGUCCAUAUCGUUAACCUAUUGGACUCUAGAGAUAACCGAAUGCUUUAUGACUGAAACACCUGUGGAGAGUUUGGCAAAAUAUUUACAAAAAUGCGUUUCUCAAAUUGCUAAAAUUGUUGACUUGGUGCGCGGUGAUUUGAAUACACAAAAUCGCAUUACCCUGGGCGCUUUGGUGGUGCUGGAUGUGCAUGCGCGUGAUGUGCUGGCGGAAAUUGUGGAGAAGGAGGUGUCUGAUUUGCAGGACUUCCAAUGGCUUUGCCAGCUGCGCUACUAUUGGGAGGAAAAUAAUCUGGAUACGCGCAUGAUAAACUGCAGCUUGCCCUAUGGCUAUGAGUAUCUAGGCAAUACUACACGUCUGGUGGUCACCCCAUUGACGGAUCGUUGCUAUCGCACGCUGUUUGCUGCGCUGAAUUUACAUUUGGGUGGCGCUCCCGAAGGUCCUGCGGGCACAGGCAAAACUGAAACUACCAAAGAUUUGGCUAAAGCUGUAGCGAAGCAAUGUGUUGUAUUCAAUUGCUCCGAUGGCUUGGAUUAUUUGGCGCUGGGUAAAUUCUUUAAGGGUUUGGCGUCCUGUGGCGCUUGGUCCUGCUUUGAUGAGUUCAAUCGUAUUGAUCUGGAGGUGCUGUCUGUAGUGGCGCAACAAAUUUUGACUAUACAACGUGGCAUUAACUCGGGCUCACCCACUUUGGUAUUCGAGGGCACUACGCUGACGUUAGAUCCAACUUGUGCUGUGUUUAUUACCAUGAAUCCUGGCUAUGCAGGACGCUCAGAGUUGCCAGAUAAUCUAAAGGCGCUUUUCCGUUCUGUUGCUAUGAUGGUGCCAGAUUAUGCUUUAAUUUCCGAAAUUGAGCUAUAUUCCUAUGGCUUCCUUACUGCCAAGCCGCUGUCAAUUAAAAUUGUUGCCACCUAUCGCCUGUGCUCGGAACAGUUGAGUACCCAAUGCCAUUAUGAUUAUGGCAUGCGUGCCGUCAAGUCUGUGCUAAAGGCUGCUGGUGCUUUGAAGUUGCGCUAUCGUGAUGAAAAUGAAGAUAUUUUGGUGCUGCGCUCCAUUAAGGAUGUCAAUUUACCCAAGUUUCUCAAUCAGGAUAUACCGCUGUUCCAAGGUAUUACAUCGGAUUUGUUUCCGGGCGUUACGCUGCCUGAAGCGGAUUACGUUGUAUUUAAUGAGUGCGCCAUGAAAGCUUGCGAGAAGCAAAAUAAACAGUGCACGCCAUUUGUGCUGGAGAAAGUGCAACAGUUAUAUGAAAUGAUUGUAGUGCGUCAUGGUCUUAUGUUGGUGGGCUAUCCAUUUGGUGGCAAAUCUACAACCUAUCGCAUACUUGCUGACGCUUUGGAGUGCAUGGAACUCAAAGAUGGCUCAGAGAAUCGCGCUAUAUAUACUAUUAUUAAUCCCAAGGCUAUUACAAUGGGUCAACUCUAUGGACAAUUUGAUGCUGUUUCGCAUGAAUGGAGCGAUGGCAUUUUGGCUGUGAAUUAUCGCAUAUUUGCUGUAUCCGAUACACCAGAUCGUAAGUGGCUUAUAUUUGAUGGACCUGUGGAUGCCAUUUGGAUUGAGAACAUGAACACUGUGCUGGAUGACAACAAGAAGCUGUGUCUGAUGUCUGGUGAAAUUAUACAGCUGUCAAAUACAACAAAUUUAAUAUUUGAACCCAUGGACUUGGAGGUAGCUUCACCGGCUACUGUCUCACGUUGUGGCAUGAUCUAUUUGGAGCCUAGCUCGCUAGGCUGGGAGCCGCUUGUGACCAGCUGGAAAAACACUUUACCGCCUUCGUUUCAUAAUGUCAGCAAGAAUCUUAUAUCAACGUUGAUUAAUCGCUUUUGUCCAAUUCUGCUGUUUAUUGUGCGCAAAAGUUUGCGUGAAAUUGCGCCCACAUCGGAUACAAAUCUAAUGGUUAGCCUAAUGAAUUUCUUCGAAUGCUUUAUAGAUGAUUUCAAGGACGAGAAAAUAGUGGCAACCAUAUCGGAUUUGGACUUUCGUGCGCAAAUCGAAGGCAUAUUUAUGUUUUCAGCAAUUUGGUCACUGGGUGGCUCGCUAGCUGCCGAAAGUCGUGAGAAGUUCAAUUUAAUAUUCCGCGCGCUAAUGGAGAAAACAUUUCCACAAAGCAUGUAUGAGACUUAUGGCGUUACUGAGGAUCUUUAUGUAGAGCCGUUGGCCAAGCCUUUUAUAUUUCCCAUACCCAAGCAGGGCUCAGUGUUUGACUAUCGUUAUAUAAAGGAGGGCAAAGGCAAAUGGAAGCCCUGGCAGGAUGAUGUAAAUGCAGCGCCGCCAUUACCACGCGAUAUACCAGUCAAUCAGAUUAUUAUACAAACUAAUGAAAGUGUGCGCAUCGCUGCAGUGUUGGAUUUACUAGUGCGUCAUAACAAACCGCUAAUGCUAUGUGGACCCACUGGCACGGGCAAGAGCGUUUACAUUAUAGAUUAUAUGUUAAAGCGCAUGGAUCUAAACACCUUCAAGCCAUUGCUUAUAAGUUUCUCUGCGCAAACAUCGGCAAAUCAAACGCAGGAUAUUAUAAUGUCUAAGCUGGAUAAACGACGCAAGGGAGUGUUUGGACCACCGCUCAAUAGCAAAUUUGUUAUCUUUGUCGAUGAUGUUUCCAUGCCUUUGAAGGAGAACUAUGGCGCUCAGCCGCCCAUCGAGCUAUUGCGCAUGAUGUUGGAUCAUAUGAUGUGGUAUGAUCGCAAGGCUAUAGUGCCAAUGAAACUGAUUGAUUUACAAAUGAUUACGGCCAUGGGUCCACCCUCUACGGGCAAUACGGUUACGCCUCGAUUUCAGCGUUUCUUCAAUGUGGUGAGCAUUGAUGAUUUCAACGAUGAUAUUAUGAAAACAAUUUUCAGCAAAAUUGUGCUUUGGCAUUUGGAUGCGCGUGGCUUCUCCAAGGAGUUUGAUCCCUGCAUUGAUGAAAUAGUCAAUGCCACCUUGUCGGUAUACAACGAUGCGAAACUGAAUCUUUUGCCCACGCCCACCAAGUCACACUAUCUGUUCAACUUGCGUGACUUUUCGCGUGUUAUACAGGGUGUGCUGUUGUCGGUGCCUGAAGCAACUGAGGAUAUGAAUUCAAUGCGUCGUCUGUGGGUGCAUGAGGUUUUGCGUGUUUAUGGCGAUCGUUUGGUUGAGGAUAGCGAUCGCACUUGGUUGUUUCAAAAGCUAUGCAAAACGUGUGAGGCUGCCUUCGAGGUGGAUGCCUCACGUUUAUUUGCACGCUUGGUUAGCAAGGGUAAAUCGCUGGAAGAGUCCGAUUUUCGUCAAUUGAUCUAUUGUGAUUUCACCAAUCCGAAAGCGGAUACCAAAAAUUAUGUCGAAGUGCAAGAUCUGGAAGAAUUGCGUAGCGUGGUCGAGGCCUAUCUGGUGGAGUAUAACAACAUGUCCAAGAAGCCAAUGAAUCUGGUGCUUUUCCGCUUUGCCAUUGAGCAUUUGUCGCGCAUAUGUCGCAUCAUAAAGCAGCCACGUAGUCAUGCUCUGCUCAUUGGAGUCGGUGGCUCCGGACGCCAGAGCUUAACUCGUUUGGCUUCGCAUAUAUGCGACUAUGAGCUGUUUCAAGUGGAAAUUACACGAUUAUACGGCCCGUAUGAGUAUCAUGAGGACAUCAAGGCAAUAUUACGUAAAAUUGGUGCGGGCGAAAUGCAUGGUGUGUUUCUAUUUACGGACGUACAGAUUAAAGACGAAUCAUUUCUGGAGGAUAUAAACAAUCUGCUCAACUCGGGUGAGGUGCCCAAUCUAUUUUCGAACGAGGAGAAAAUUGAGGUGGUGGAGAAAAUGGCACAAAUUGAUAAACAACGCGACAAGGCGGUGCAAACUGAUGGCAGUCCAGUGGCGCUUUUCAAUUUCUUUGUGACGACCUGCAAGGAUCAGCUGCAUAUUGUGCUUGCUAUGUCGCCCAUUGGCGAUGCUUUGCGUAAUCGCAUACGCAAGUUUCCCUCGAUUGUCAAUUGCUGCACCAUUGAUUGGUUUCAGUCCUGGCCUGAGGAUGCUUUGUUGGCUGUCUCUACGCGCUUUUUAGCUACGGAGGACUUAACAGCGCUAGAGCGUCGCACUGCCAUUGAUAUGUGCAUGGAGUUUCAUACUUCAACGCAAAUACUGUCUGCCAAAUUCUUCUCCAGACUGCGUCGUUAUAAUUAUGUUACUCCCACUUCGUAUUUGGAAUUGAUACAGACAUUCAAAUCGCUGCUUAGUCAGAAGAGAACCAACAUUACAAACAAUCGAAAUCGUUAUCUAACUGGCAUAUCCCAGCUAGAUAUAGCUGCUCAGCAAGUGAGCGUCAUGCAGGAGCAACUGCAGGCGCUGGAGCCCAAGCUUAAAGAAGCUUCCGAAAUUGUUGCUGAGCAGGUGGCCAAAGUGACAGCGGACAGCAAAAUUGCUGCAGAGCAGCGUGAAAUGGUCAAGGAGGAUGAACAGGCAGCCAAGCAGCAAGCUGCUGUUGCCCAAGAGAUUAAGGAUGAAUGCGAUGCCAAGCUGGGCGAGGCGUUGCCCAUUCUAGAAGCAGCGCUGUCUGCUUUGAAUACCUUAACCACUGCUGAUAUAGCUGUGGUCAAGACCAUGAAGAGUCCGCCCAUUGGUGUGCGCAUUGUCAUGGAAGCUGUUUGCAUUUUAAAGGAUGUAAAGCCCGAGAAAGUGCCCAAUCCCAGCGGCGUAGGCACUGUGGAGGAUUACUGGGGUCCCAGCAAGCGCGUGCUCAGCGACAUGAAGUUCCUCGACAGUUUGCUGAACUUCGAUAAGGAUAAUAUAUCGCCUGAGAUUAUGAAGAAGCUGCAACAGCGCAUACUUAACAAUGAAGCCUUCGAUCCGGACAAGAUCAAAAUGGCUUCCACUGCCUGCGAGGGCUUGUGUCGUUGGGUUAUCGCCUUGAGCAAAUACGAUGUGGUAGCCAAGAUUGUGGCGCCCAAAAAGAUUGCGCUAGCUGCAGCUGAGGCGACCUACAAUGCUGCGAUGAAGUUGCUGAAUGAAAAGUUGGCACAAUUGGCGCGUGUUGAGGCUAAUCUGGCCGCUAUACAAAAGAUACUCGAUGAGCAGCUGCGUCAAUAUGGCAUUUUGUUGGCUGAGCAUGAGGCUUGCACCAAGAAGUUGCAACGCGCACAGGAGCUCAUCUCUGGCUUGGGCGGCGAACGCACGCGUUGGUCGGAGACCGCAAAGAUGCUGCAGGGCAGCUUUAAAAGCGUCACAGGCGAUGUGCUCAUCUCCUCGGGCGUUGUUGCCUAUCUGGGGCCCUUUACCAUCGAUUUUCGUGUUAAGCAAAUACGCAAAUGGGUAACCAAGUGCAUUGACUUUGGCGUACAUUGUACGCCGGACUUUCAGCUGGCUGUGGUGCUGGGCGAACCUGUGGAGAUACGCUUCUGGAACAUCUGCGGUCUGCCCACGGAUGCGUUCUCUGUGGAGAGCGCCAUUAUGAUGAAAAAUGCGCGUCGCUGGCCUUUGAUGAUUGAUCCCCAAGGACAGGCCAAUAAAUGGAUAAAGAAUUAUGAGAAGAGCAAUAAGCUGUGUGUUAUACGACUCAAUCAACCGGAUUAUACGCGCGUGCUGGAGAAUGCCAUACAAUUCGGUCUGCCCGUGCUGUUGGAAAAUAUUGGCGAGGAACUGGAUCCAGUGCUGGAGGCUGUGCUGCUUAAGCAAUUGUUUAAACAAGGCGGUGCCUUGUGCAUUAAGCUGGGCGACUCUGUCAUUGAGUACAACUUUAGCUUCAGAUUUUAUAUGACGACAAAGCUGCGUAAUCCGCACUACUUGCCCGAGGUGGCUGUUAAGGUGACGCUGCUUAACUUUAUGAUAACCACACAGGGUUUGCAGGAUCAAUUGCUGGGCAUAACGGUGGCACGUGAGCGUCCCGACCUCGAGGCUGAAAAGAAUAAUCUGAUAGUGCAAGGUGCUGAGAACAAACGCAUGCUGAAAGAGACAGAAGAUCAAAUAUUGGAAGUGCUGUCAUCAGCGGAAAAUAUUUUAGAAGAUGAGACAGCAGUGCAGAUUUUAAGCUCAGCCAAAGCUUUGGCUAAUGACAUAAGCGAGAAGCAAAUUAUUACUGAAGCAACGGAAAAGCAAAUUGAUAUAGCGCGUUUAAGUUAUGUGCCCAUAGCAGAGCAUUCAACUAUAUUGUUCUUCACUAUAGUCGAGCUGGCCAACAUUGAUCCCAUGUAUCAAUACAGUUUGGUUUGGUUUGUCAAUCUGUAUAUGGCCAGCAUAGAUAAUACGGAAAAGGUGGAUGACAUUGAUGCGCGCUUGAAGGAUUUGCGCAAUCAUUUUACCUAUAGCUUAUAUGUGAACAUCUGUCGCAGUCUGUUCGAGCGUGAUAAGCUCUUGUUUUCACUCAUAUUAAACAUCAAUCUGAUGAAGCAUGAGAAUCUGAUUGACAACGGUGAAUGGAUGUUUUUGCUAACUGGCGGCAUUGGCCUAGAGAAUCCCCACAAGAAUCCAGCCUCCUGGUUGGGUGUACAAAAUUGGGAUGAGGUUUGCCGCUUAUCCAGUUUGCCCAAUUUCAAAGGAUUGCGUGAGGAUGUCACUGCCAAUCCGGAUCGUUGGAAACUUAUGUUUGAUGCAAAAUCACCGCAAGACUUGGCAGCCAUACCAGCGGAUUGGAAAAAGCGUAUAACCAUGUUCCAGCAGCUUUUAAUAUUGCGUGUAUUUCGACCGGACAAACUGGUGCCAGCUGUGCUGAAUUUUGUUGCUACUGAAUUGGGUCCGAAAUUUGUGGAUCCACCGCAAUUUGAUUUGAGCGCCUCGUUUGGCGAUUCGCAUUGUUGUGUGCCCAUGAUAUUUAUAUUGACGCCAGGCUCGGAUCCAACGGCAACGCUGCUGAAAUUUGCAGAGGAUCAAGGCUUUGGCACGAAUCGCUUGUUCUCGCUUUCGCUGGGCCAAGGACAAGGACCCAUAGCUAUCAAAAUGAUAGACGAGGGCGUCAAGCUGGGCAAUUGGGUAGUGCUGCAGAAUUGUCAUUUGGCUGCUAGCUUUAUGCCCAGUCUGGAGAAAGUUUGUGAGAAUCUAUUGCCGGACUCAACGCAUCCUGAUUUUAGACUUUGGCUAACUUCAUAUCCGGCGGAACAUUUUCCGGUGGUGGUGCUACAAAAUGGCAUUAAAAUGACCAAUGAACCGCCCAAGGGUUUGCGUUCAAAUAUAUUACGCUCCAUGAUAAGUGAUCCCAUAAGCGAUCCCGAGUGGUAUGAAUCCUGCACACAGCCGCGUGUUUUCAAGCAGUUGAUCUACUCGCUCUGCUUCUUCCAUGCGGUUAUACAAGAACGUCGCUACUUUGGCCCCAUUGGCUGGAACAUACCCUAUGAAUUCAAUGAAACCGAUUUGCGCAUAUCUUUGAUGCAGUUGCGUAUGUUCCUCAAUCAAUAUGAGACUGUUAACUAUGAUGCUUUGCGCUAUUUGACGGGCGAGUGUAAUUAUGGAGGAAGAGUUACGGACGAUUGGGAUCGGCGCACACUCAAGACGCUGCUGGAUUUGUUUUAUUGUCCUGCUAUUUUAGAUUUGGAAAAGCCGCACUUUUUGGAUGACACCGGCUUGUAUUAUGUGCCUGUUUUUAAAGAGCUUGACAUGUAUUUGAAUUAUACACGCGAUCUGCCGCAAAUAUCAGCACCAGCUAUAUUUGGUUUUCAUGCUAAUGCGGACAUUAUGAAGGAUCAGCAGGAAACGGAUAUGUUGCUAUCGCAUACGUUGCUAACACAGGACACUAGUGCCGCUGGCGAUGAUAGCGAGGGUUCCAAAGCAUUAACACCCGAGGAGGUGGUAACUAAUGUGGCUACAGAUAUAUUGGACAAGUUGCCCAAACUAUUCGAUCGUGAAGCAGCGCUGCUGCGUUAUCCAACAAUCUAUCAUCAGAGCAUGAAUACGGUGCUGGUGCAGGAAAUGGUGCGCUUUAAUGUCUUGCUGAAUACCAUAAGGACUAGUUUGAUAACACUACGCAAGGGUAUCAAGGGUUUGGUUGUGAUGUCGGCGGCGGUUGAGGCUGUUUACAAGUCAGUGCUGAUUGCCAAAAUACCAGCGAUGUGGGCCAGCAAGUCCUACCCCAGUCUUAAGCCACUUGGCAGCUAUGUAACGGAUUUCCUUAGACGCCUGGAAUUUCUGCAGCACUGGUAUGACCAUGGCGCUCCAACAACCUUCUGGCUUUCUGGCUUCUUCUUCACCCAGGCCUUCCUCACGGGCGCCCAACAGAAUUAUGCGCGUAAAUAUGUCAUCUCCAUAGAUUUGCUGGCCUUUGACUACGAGGUGCUGUCAAUGGAGGAAACUCAAAUCAAAGGCGUGUCAGCGCCCGAAGAUGGCGUCUUCGUUUAUGGCAUCUUCUUGGAGGGCGCAUGCUGGGAUCGUAAAAAUAAAUAUUUAGCCGAAUCUCGUGACCGUGUGCUCUUUGAUACGAUGCCCGUGAUGCAUCUGAAGCCGCUGAAGCGCACCGAUCUGCCCGAGCGUCAUAUAUAUCUGUGUCCGCUAUAUAAAACUGCCGAGCGUCGUGGUGUCUUAUCGACUACAGGACAUAGUACAAACUUUGUGGUGGGCAUGCAGCUCCUUUGCAAUCCCAAUACAAAGCCUUCGCAUUGGAUAGAACGCGGCACUGCGCUGCUUUGCCAAUUAAGUUUUUAAAUUUGCUGGCUGUAUAUAUAUUUUAUGUGUAUGUGUGUGUUUCUGAGUCUGUAUAAAUUGUC